CCUUUUGUUCAAGCUUGGCUCAAUGCUCUUCAACUAUUGCUCCACAACCAUGCUUCCAAGAAAGCUUCUUGUUUUCUUGACGACAUUCCUCGUUGCUGUCUUCACCUUUUCAGACUCUUCUUUCGCCGCAGCCAACAAUGUCAGUCUUGAUUUCCCAUAUUUCACGCUCCGGAACCUCACUCUCCUCGGCGACUCCUACCUCCGAAACGGAGUCGUCGGGCUCACCCGAGAGCUCGGCGUGCCGUCCUCCAGCGCAGGCACCAUGAUCUACAACAAACCCAUCACGUUCUUCGACCCGGAGUCGAAUGUCACGGCUUCUUUCUCCACAAGAUUCUCCUUCUCCAUUGCCAACGUCAAUCCGAGCUCGUUCGGCGAUGGAUUAGCAUUCUUUCUCUCGCCGGAUAACCAGACUCUUGGCAGCUCGGGAGGGUACUUGGGCCUUGUUAAUGCUUCUCAAUUGACCAAGAACAAGUUUGUGGCAAUCGAAUUCGACACCCGGCUUGACCCGCACUUUGACGACCCGAGUGGGAACCAUGUCGGGUUGGACAUCGAAAGCCUUAUUUCGAUCAAGACCGGCGAUGCAAUGUUGCAGGGGAUUGAUCUCAAGAGCGGGAAUUGGAUCACAGCUUGGAUUGAUUACGCGAAUGCUAAAAGAAAGAUUAAUGUUUUCUUGAGUUAUUCAAGCUUUAAGCCGGAAAAGCCAGUCCUGAGUGUGGAUAUUGAUCUCUCCGAUUAUCUCAAGGCGGUUAUGUACGUGGGUUUUUCGGCUUCGACGGAGGGGAGCACUGAGCUUCAUUUGAUUGAGAAUUGGAGCUUUAGUACUUCCGGGUUUGUCCCGGCGAGGCCAAGAUUAUUAAUUCCUCACAAUGUGUCCGAUAGCUCGGUGACGGUGAAGCCAGCAAUUACUGUACCAAGUUCUGGCAGUAAACAUCACAAGAGGAUUGGUUUCGGUUUGGGGAUAGCCGGUCCGGCCUUCUUUUUCGUGGUUCUUGUGGUUUUCGGUUACGUCUCGGUCAGGAAAUGGAGGGGCAUCAGAAGACAGAUGAGCUUCAAAGCAGAGCUGCUUGCAGGGCCAAGAGAAUUCAGUUACAAAGAGCUGAAGUCAGCCACAAAAGGAUUUCAUUCCAGCAGGAUUAUUGGCAAUGGGGCGUUUGGGACAGUCUACAAAGCCCUUUUUGCCUCACCAAAAACAGGAGCGAUUGCUGCAGUGAAAAGAUCCAAACAUUCCCACGAAGGUAAGACCGAAUUCCUUUCCGAAUUGUCUAUUAUAGCUGGUUUGAGGCACAAGAAUUUGAUUCAGCUCCAAGGUUGGUGUGUUGCUAAGGGUGAGUUAUUGCUUGUUUAUGACUUCAUGCCUAAUGGGAGUCUUGAUAAGGUGCUGUACCAAGAAUCUGGGCAAGGUACUUCGUUGAAUUGGUCCCAUAGGCUUAACAUUGCGAUCGGAUUGGCUUCUGUUCUGACAUAUUUGCAUCAAGAAUGUGAACAGCAAGUCAUUCACAGAGACAUAAAGACAGGUAAUGUGUUGCUGGAUGGGAGCUUUAAUGCGAGGCUGGGUGAUUUUGGAUUGGCAAAACUCAUGGAUCAUGACAAGAGCCCUGUCUCCACGCUUACUGCUGGAACAAUGGGAUAUCUUGCACCUGAAUAUCUCCAGUACGGGAAAGCAACUGAGAAGACUGAUGUUUUCAGCUUUGGGGUGGUUAUACUUGAGGUGGCUUGUGGAAGAAGGCCAAUUGAGAGGGAGCCGGGUAGUCUCAAAAUGGUGAAUUUGGUUGACUGGGUUUGGGGAUUGCAUUCUCAAGGAAAGAUCAUUGAAGCAGCUGACAAAAGAUUGAAUGGGGAGUUUGAGGAGGAAGAGAUGAGGAAGCUGUUACUGGUAGGCUUGAGCUGCGCAAACCCGGAUAAUGCAGAGAGGCCUUCUAUGAGGAGAGUCCUACAAAUCCUUAAUAAUGAGGUGGAGCCACUCGCCGUGCCAAAGCUUAAGCCUAGUCUCACUUUCUCUUAUGGCUUGCCUUGUCUCGAUGACAUUGUUUCAGAAAGUGACGAAGAGAGCGAUAGCUCCAUCUCAUUGUCUGAGGUUAAAGUUUGCUGAAGGAAGAAUUCCUCUUGUCUUGUGCGAGAGCCCCAUCUCUCUGUAUGAUAUAUAGUUCGAUUCUUUCAUUCUUUUAGCUCUAUUGUAGUAGUAUAUUGUCAUUCUGUAGUUUCAGCAAAUACAGGUUGUAGGAGUUCACUGGCCUGAGUUCAAAACUAUUCCAUUGAACUUUCUUUGUUGUC